GCGUUUUUAUUAUCUCGAGGACAAGUGCUUCCUUAUGGGAAUCAUCAUUUGUCAUGCCGAACAGUGCGUCUAUUUUUGUUUCUCUUUCGUCUGUAACGUGACAGAUCGAGCCUCGUGCGAAGACUCGCGCUGUCGCGACCGCCCGCGCUCGCAGCGUUACUCGCGCGAAUGUGUUACGGAUUUGAUUAACACGUUGCGCUUCACAUCGCGAUCCAUACGGACGAAUUCUGUCCGCUCGUUUUUGUGGAAGUCGUUGCGCUUCGCCGCUGAGGAUUGUUCGUGAGAAACGCGGACGGGGUCGCUCAUGCGGGAAAUUGCCACGCGACAGGCGCGACUGUGAACUCGGAACGCUUUGCACAUUUUUCUCUUGUCACCUAGUGUUUUAAUUCGAAUUGGUACGUACGUGUGUACGUACAUGCAAGUAGAAUUUCGUUAAAUGCUCGUUUGAUAUGCACGAAAGUAACAUCGUGGUUGUACCGCUCAAUGGUGAACGUUGCGUAAAUCGUUUUCGCAUUUUUACAUUCAAGAUAUAUAAGAUACCGUUAAUUUAAUACCAUGAUCGAGCUGUUCGUUUAUUGUUUCAUGGUCUUUGAUUGAUUGAUGGUUAGUUGAUGUUCUGCAUCUUGCCUGAUGCAAAAUCGAAAGUUCAAUGCCAUCAAUCGUUAUGUUAUUAUAGCUUUAGUGUAUUAUUAAUGCUGCAUGUAUCCCCAGAUAGCCAAAUCUGUUAUAACAGAUUUUCGUCAAAUACCCGCUACAAAUUUCGAAGGCAGAAAGACUGCAGACUGCAUACAGGAACUGAUAUAACAAAUGAUGUUGUCAGUAUGUCAGCAGCAAAUACAACAAUAUCUGCUCACAUAACUAGACAGCAGAUUGACGGCAGAAACCGAGCAGGAUCUGCGCGGCGCUGUUGUCCAGUUAUAUUUUAUACAGAUUCUGUCGACAAUCUGUUGUCAGGUUCUGUUCUACAGUCUCUGCCGCCAAAACGAAAGCUUAAUGCGGACACAGAUGACUAUGGUUCUGGUGUGAGUUUCUGAUCGAAACUGUUGCCAGCCUGCAGGCAGGCUGCGAACAUUUUGCUUACUGGGUCUACGUUGAUUCCUAUCUUCUUCCGUAUAAAACACGGGAUAUUAUUUUUAUAAGCAAGUCGUCGAUAAUACUUAGGAUCAAAACAUUAUUGUGGUAACAUAUUGUUCCUAGAACAAAUGCAAAAUGAUUUACAAAAUAUCAGGUUGCUGCAAAAAAACUGCGGCAUUUGCUAAUCAACUUAAUCAAUAAAAGUGAACUUAAUAGUAAAAACCGUAAUUAUUUUUGCAGUAAUAACACGAAUAAAA